AUGCGCGGCAAGGUCGUCGACCCACUCGUGCUCAUCCAGCAGAAUGACAAGGCCGUCGACGCGCGCAAGCUCGAGGCCGAGCUGUCGGACGUCUCACGCCUGGAGGCCUACUUCGGCGCGCCCAUGGAGACCAACUUCAACGUGCUCAAGGACUCGUACUCGACCGCGGCCCGCGACGUGUUGCCCUGGUCCGGGGACUACUGGGCCACGUACCGUGACGGCGUCAACGUCGAGUGGAAGGACGGAGACGUGUCCCCCGCCGAGAAGUACGCGGCUGCCUUCGGCAUCAGCGUGGACUCGUUCACGGACGGCAUCUCGCUGAGCACCGGCAUCCUGUCGGAGUCGUACGACGACUCGGAGUGCUCCAGCGACUCGGACUGCGAUUCCGGCAGCCUGUGCGGCAUCCGCAAGGGCGAGAGCAGCGGCUACUGUAUCCCGACGUGGCACGGCAUCUGCCACGCGUGGGCCGCCGCCGCGCUGUUCGAGGACGAGCCCAAGUGCGACGUCGAGCGGAACAACGUGACGUUCCACUCGGUGGACAUGAAGGCGCUCAUCAGCCAGCUCUACGACGGAGCGGCCAUCGAGGUGGUCUUCACGGGCGCGCGCUUCAACGGCCCCGACAGCCCCGAGGAACUCGACGACUACGGACGCUACGUGGACGACGCGCGGCGCGACAUCAAUCCCGCCUUCUUCCACAUCGCGGCCGCCAACAUCCUCGGCAAGCAGCGCCGCUCCUUCAUCGUGGACGCGAGCGCCGGCUCGCAGGUGUGGAACCAGCCAGUGCAGAAGUACGAGUUCCUGGAGGCCGAGAUCGUGGACGCCGCGGCGCUGUCGCUCGACAACUUCGGCACCGAGACGUACCCGUUCAACAGCGCGCUCAAGUACCUGGCCAAGUGCACGACGCGACUGACGUGGACAGCCGAGUCGAUCGAGGACGGCGCGCUCACGACCACCGGCAGGAUCGAGGCGUACACGGUGUACGAGGACUACGAGUACUGCCUCGAGCUGGACGAGAACUACACGAUCGUCGGCGGCGAGUGGCUCGGGGACUCGCGCUACGACCACCCGGAUUUCCUGUGGUUCCCCGCGGCCAAGCCGAGCGACGACACUGUCACGGACACGGGCAUCUUGUACGCGGACGUGCUGGACAUGAUCGAGGAGUCGCUCAAGUGCAUGGAUGUCACGAUCAGCCCUGACGUCCCGGACGCACCGUCCACCAAGACGCCCGGAUCGGAAUACACAAAGUCGCCAUCGUACACCAAGACCCCAUCGUACACCAAGACCCCAUCGUACACCAAGACACCGUCGAAGACCACGAAGGCACCAACUCCAGCGACCAAGACCCCGUCACCAACGACCUACGCGCCUUCAACGUACCCGCCCGAGACCUACGCUCCUGAGACCUACGCGCCGUCGACAUACCCGCCGGAGACCUACGCGCCGUCGACAUACCCGCCGGAGACCUACGCGCCAUCGACUUACCCGCCCGAGACGUACGCGCCUUCAACGUACCCGCCCGAGACCUACGCUCCUGAGACCUACGCGCCGUCGACAUACCCGCCGGAGACCUACGCGCCAUCGACUUACCCGCCCGAGACGUACGCGCCUUCAACGUACCCGCCCGAGACCUACGCUCCUGAGACCUACGCGCCGUCGACAUACCCGCCGGAGACCUACGCGCCAUCGACUUACCCGCCCGAGACGUACGCGCCUUCAACGUACCCGCCCGAGACCUACGCUCCUGAGACCUACGCGCC